ACUACUAAUACAUACUAACAUGUUAGAACGUAGAAAAUUGUAAAUGGGCCAUUAGUAGGAAAACUAUACUGAGGUUAGAAAAACAUUGACAACGUUUCAAUAGGAACCUUAAAGAGAAAGUAUAAUAGGAGUGACAAUGACAAAGAAAGAAUGCAUGCAAUAAUUCGUAAGUUAAAAAAUUAUCAAUAUGUGGAUUAAGUAUGUCAAUAAGAGUAUUCGAUAAAAAUAACAAUAACAAUAACAAUAAAAAAUGUAAAUAAAAAUCAAAGUUAUGAAGUAUACAGUUUCAUUGAUUUUUACAAUGAGUUGAAUUUAUAUUAUGAGAGGUUUGUGAAAUAAAUUAAUUGAUUAUUUUCAACUCAAAUAUUUUUCAAUGAAUGUAAUCCAACGAUCAUUAUAGAUUGGUCACUAAUCCGAUUUGAAGAUCAUUAUUGAUUAUCUUCAUAGUAAAAAACGUAUUUUCACAGCUUGCAGUUGCAUCAUAUGCGUCAAUUAUAAUUUUUAAAGUGUGACAAAGAUUAUAGGUUCAAAAUUUUAUUACGACGAAACACGAAGUUUUCACCAAAAUUUCAAGUGAAAGCGUACCCUCUCCCUAACCUAGGUCCGCUCCGAAUAGGAGAAUGUAGUUAUCAGCAUAGUUAGGAAAAUACAAUAUGGGAAAGGUACGUAUAAAAUACAUGCGGAUAUUUUAGUUAGUCUUUAAUCUAAUGUUACGUUUAGUACGUUAAUAGUCAUAAAUAUGUAAAAAUUAAUUAUUUUAAAAAUAUAUAAAUAAUAGUAAAUUUUACAAUUUAAUUCAUUAAAUACGGAUAUUAUACGGAUUUUAUACGUGUUUAGUACGGGAGCCAUCAAAUGAACAGGAAAACCAAAUAGUUUGAAAAUAAUACAAAUAAAAAAGUUUUGAACAGAUAAAAUAUGUACGGAUACAUAUACAUGUAUUAAACGGAGUAUUUACUAGCUAUGAUUAUCGGUCCGGGUUAAUUAUAAUGAUGUUGGUGCACAGGUGCAAAUUAAUUGAAUUCAAUUGGCUUCUUUUGCAUGAAGCUCGAUUGGAAAGGGUACCUGGAAAUAAGUAGAGGGCUAGCGCAUUACACUUCUGUUUCUGCCGCAUGCUGCAAUAAUUAGAGGCCCAUCUUGAUCACUUGGGGAAAGACUAAACGAUCCCUCCGUGGAUUGCUCAGAGAACAGGAAAAGGGAGAUUAAGGGGUUCCUGACAAGAAUCUCUAUAAAGUAUUGUUAGGAUUAGGAUUAGGAUUAGGAGAGGAGAUUCACAUGAAAUGGCAGUUCGAUAUGACCCAAAACUAUAUUCCAUAAGAUACCCACUCAGCUCUGAUGACCCGGCCCAAACUUUGAUCGGUUUAUCAAUGUUGCUUCUGACCUUCUGUAAUGGUGGCCCGAACCGCCGGGGGAUCACCACUUUCUCAUCUGUCCAUUUGGAUAUGCGAAAGUGUAUUGAGGCCACAAAUGUCGAAUUUUACCCUAUAUCAUCAUCUUCAUCAUCUACCACGUUGCUUCCCUCCGGCCUCCGCUCCGCGGCUUUCAGUAUUCCCCUGUUAGCUCCCCUGUAUUUUCUCGGUACAAAUAUUCUGUUUCCAAGAGGGAAAAAGGGAAGCGGGGCUCGAUAGAAACGAGGUUUGGAGAUCAUGAGUGGGAAAGCUGUGGUGGCAGUUACAGGGGCUUCAGGUUUCAUAGCAUCAUGGCUUGUCAAGCUUUUACUUCACCAUGGAUACACAGUCAAAGCUUCUGUUCGUGACCCAUUUGAUGAAAAGAAGACAGCCCACUUACUUGGGUUGGACGGAGCCAAGGAAAGGUUGCAACUUUUCAAAGCAGAGCUGCUGGAAGAAGGGUCUUUCGACUCCGCCAUAGAAGGAUGCUCCGGAGUUUUCCACACUGCUUCCCCUGUUUCCUUCUCGGCCGCUGAUCCCCAGGCAGAGAUAAUUGAUCCUGCGGUGAAAGGAACCCUCAAUGUUCUGAAAUCAUGCGCGAAAUCUCCUUCUGUAAAGAGAGUGAUCGUAACCUCCUCCACCGCAUCAAUUUUCUACACAGGGAAACUUGUAAACAAAGAUUCAGUUGCUGACGAGACUUGGUUCUCCGAUCCAGAACACUGCAAGGACCUUAAGAUUUGGUACCAACUUAGCAAGACGUUGGCGGAGAUUGCUGCAUGGGACUUUGCAAAGGAGAAUGGGGUGGAUAUGGUAACCAUACAUCCUGGCCUUGUAAUUGGUCCCUUUUUACAGCCCAGUCUUUGCUUCUCAGUUGAGGUCAUUCUCAACCUUAUUAAUGGGAAUAACAGCAGCCCGUUGUCCCAUUUUUUGGUGGUUGAUGUUAGAGAUGUUGCAGAAGCUCAUCUCAAAGCUUUUGAGACUCCAUCAGCUUCUGGUAGAUACUGCUUAGUUGAAAGCAGUGUGCCAUUGUCUCAAGUUUUGGAGAUUCUUCAUAAGCUCUACCCAACAUUGCCUCUUGCUGACAACAGAUGUGGAGAAGUGGAUAUUAUGAACUUGCCUGGAUUUGGGGUAUCAAAGGAGAAAGCAGAAGGGUUGGGGAUCAAGUUCAUCCCGCUGGAGGAGUCGCUUAAGGACACCGUUGAAUGCUUGAAGGAGAAAGAAUUCCUUCAUUUCUGAUUCAGACUUUGCUGUCUAUUGGUUAAAAAGUUUCAUAAUAAUGUUAGCUUCCGACUUACAUUUGGCGAUCAUCUUUGUACUUUGUACUACUUCUUAUUUUAUAAUUAAAGGUGGUAAUUCAAAUGUUUGUCUCAAUCGAGACGGAACUCGAUCUAAAUCCCAUUUCUUAAAUGUCGCGUGCAUUGGCAUUAUUCAAUGUAAUAAUGACUUGCGAGUGUUUAUUAAUACAUUAGUAUAUAUUAAUAAUCAGAUUCGUUUGAUUCGUAAUUGCUAAUGAUCUUAUCCAAAAUCAAACCAAUUUAUGAAUUGGUAGUGUAUUUUACUAGUACGUAUAUUUGUGAACUCACUAGUUAUUGUGACCUAACUCAUUACGAUCUAACUUAUCAUGAUUCAUGACUAGACUUAUUGACAUUUGACCCAUUAUAUGGUUUCUCUAGCCUCUUUGGUUGCCAAUGCAACCCCUUCUCUCAAUAGGGCAGUGCACUAUAGUGCUUAUGGGACUCGAUUAUUCUUCAUUCAUUCGGCGUUACUGGAUAGUCACUUUUUUCACUCAAACAUUCCCUCCAUCCAUGACUAAUUAUUUCUUAUUUAUCGAUUAAACGAGCUUAUCAUGCAAGUCUUCCUUAGUAUAAGAUUGAAUGAAAACUCCCUUGUUAUUAACUAAAAUGUUGAUAAUCUCUUUACAUUACACAAAGGUUUUGCAAAGUAAAUUAUUUUUUACAUAACAAUUUAAUCCGUUGUGAUAUUUUUUGUAACGUAUUUCAUUUAUUAUUAAUCAAUAUUCCUAAUUAUUAACUCAAAUCUUCACCACGUCAUCAUUUGCAUAAUGCAAAGGUUCUGUAUGUAACUUUGGCAAUCAUGUUUGCUAUAACUCUUCCUAAAUUCAACUCACUAUGGACCACAAACACGUUACACAUGCCUACAUUGAUUUGUUAGUGCCUAUGCCUUGCCUCGCAUGAUCCAAAACUCGUUUAUUAAUAUCUGAAUUCUUUUGAUUCGUAAUCAGUAUUGUUUUAAUCCAAAACUGACUAGUUAUCGACUGUUAGUAUUUUACCAUCAUUCUCGUGAUUUUCUAAUCAUCAUGAUUCAACUUAUCGUGACUCUACCUGCCCCAUUAUAGGGCUCCUGUAACCCCUUGGUUACCAAUGCAAAGCCCUCAUCCUAAUUGGGCAAUGUGAAUGAGAUAAUCCUUCAUUCAACCGUUCUUCACACUUUCCUUCAUUAUUAACAAGUAAUGAAUUUGAUUAAUAAUUACAUAUUGUGUGUUCCGUAAUCUAUAGGUUUUAGCAUACACUUACUUACAAAUUAUCACUGCUUUCAUCCAAUGAUUUUAGAUACAACACACAUAAUCCAACAACAUAAGGAACAAACGUUUUUAAUUUGACAACACAAAUUAUCAUAACUUAUGCAAAAAAUUACUUUGUGAGAGAAAGAUGAACCUUGACCUCUAGAUAGCCACUGAAAGUGAGGACGAAUGAUAUAUGAAGCGGCUCACUAUUCGGUUCCACCGAGGACUGCUGGUGAAAGGCGAAGGUGCUUAUCGCAAAAACAAAAGUUUUUUUUGAAGUGUUAGCGAGUGACUCGAAAGCGGCUAGGAUUUUCUUCAGUUAUAGAGCGGAACAGGGGAGAGGCAGCAUGCCUGAGGUAGUGAGGUUUUAAAGACGGAAAUCACAAGCAACAGCGCGAGGAUUGUCAUGGAUGUUGUCGCUUGGUCCUGUAAACUUUGUACAAAACUAGUAUGUAUCAUUGAAAUCUAUUUUUGACAAAAGAACUUGUACAUGAAAAAAAAAUUACAUAGAAGUUGUUGACGUAUAAUUUUGUAUUUUUUUUUUUGUUGAGAAAUUUUGAACAGAGAAAUUCCUCACAUAACAUUUUUGUAUAGAGAACUUCCGAAUUUGUUGCGAGGAUAGAAAAUUAUUUCCACAUCAAAGGGUACUUGAGAAACAACAUGUUUUGCUAGCCUCGUACCACAUGAACGGAGAUGCAAGUAAGUGGGUUCAGUGGCUCGAAUACGAGUUCGAGAAUACAAGAUGGUGAUGUCAUGGGACAGGUUUGAAGUUUAGUUUUGGAGAAAUUAUGUGUAUUAUAAUUUCGUCAUAAUUAUUAUUAUUUUGUAGAAGAAUGACGCGUGUAUAUUUACUAGCAUCACAAUGACUUGAUACAUCCAACAUAUAAUAAUCAUUGUUAUAAAAACCUUAUCGGAUCAAUGGCUGGGGCAGUAGAAUCACUAAACCAAUUACAAUAAUGGUUCGGUUCUUUUAAUUGGAAGGCUAGAGAUGAACCAAAUGGUUUUUGAAGGUUUGACAUGAAACCAGAUGAACCAUCCCGGUUUAACUGGUUCACUAAUUCACUAUUUUAACCACAAACAUUAAGGAAAAUGACUUUAACGUAAACUAAGAUCAUCCAACCUCAAUCACUAAUUUUAUUUAUACUUCCUUUUCUUCAUUUCUCGGUCUCAUUGUUAGCUUUCUCUCGUCCAUUAUGGAUUGUCACCCUCAUUACUAACUAAAAUUUCAUAAGAGAAAAUUUAUGAUUUAUUUUGUGAGAUAGUUUGAAUACUUUGUUAAAACAUUUUUGCGAUAGAUGAUAUGGAUUUGCAUUGUUUAUGAUAAGUGAUAAAUUCACUACUAUUAACGAUAUAUGUCUUUUACGUUAUAGCGCAUGAACGACUCUAUCAACGGUUAAUAAAAGAUUCUAUAACGU